AAGGAUCUAAACUUUGAUCCAUGAGUGUGAAGCAGCGCGUGUCAGUUGGUGAUGGAGGAGUCUUCUCUCCUGCGGCGCACAGCGGCUUCCUCUCCGCUUCCUGUCGUUUCAGUGGCGGAGGGCAGACAGCCAGCACUCCGGGAGGACCAGCCGGGCCCCCAGGAGCCCAGCAGGCGGCACCGGACGGCCUUCACCCGGGACCAGCUGUCCCGUCUGGAGCAGGAAUACCGCAAUGAGAGUUACGUGUCCCGGGCUCGGCGCUGCGAACUGGCAGCAGCGCUCAACCUGCCGGAAACCACGAUAAAGGUGUGGUUCCAAAACAGGCGGAUGAAGGACAAACGUCAGAAGCACUCCAUACCGUGGCCUCACCCCCUCAUCAACCCUCUGGGGACGUUACUGAUGGCUCACGUUUCUCCAUCUUCUAACAUGGUGCCCCCCUUUACCAAACCCCAGCUCCCCCACAUACCGUUCCAACACUACCCUCCACUUACUCUUCCUUCUAUCAUACAUGGUUCUCAUGCUGUGCCAACCAAGCCGCCUGCUUGUUUCCCCAACUCCCAACAACACAGUAAGCCCUGGGAGCUCCCCCCACCAGCGCUACUUCUUUAUCCCUCUGCUGGCAUCGUAAACCAUCACAUUUCGUGCCGCUGCUCCUUUUGCCCUCAGUGGGGACCGCAGCAUCGCCUUCAGGUCCAGUGGGAAAUGAAAGGACUGAGCAACACCAGCGACUCUGCUGCCAAAAAACAGACUGCCUCACUAGAGUGGAAGGAAGAGCUGAUGUGAAAACAGCCAUUUACUCUCCAUAUGUUUUCUUUUGUUUUCCUUCUUGUUUCUGUUCAGCCAGAAAAGCCAGAAGUGCAAUUGAGAUAAUUUAUUCCCAAACUCGAGGUCGAAACGCUCGCUGUCACUUUUCCUUAUGCUUCUAAAA